AUGUGGGAGGAGGAUAGAAGCAUGUGGGAGGUGGAUAGAAGCAUGUGGGAGGAGGAUAGAAGCAUGUGGGAGGAGGAUAGAAGCAUGUGGGAGGAGGAUAGAAGCAUGUGGGAGGAGGAUAGAAGCAUGUGGGAGGAGGACAGAAGCAUGUGGGAGGAGGAUAGAAGCAUGUGGGAGGAGGACAGAAGCAUGUGGGAGGAGGACAGAAGCAUGUGGGAGGAGGACAGAAGCAUGUGGGAGGAGGAGAGAAGCAUGUGGGAGGAGGACAGAAGCAUGUGGGAGGAGGACAGAAGCAUGUGGGAGGAGGAGAGAAGCAUGUGGGAGGAGGAGAGAAGCAUGUGGGAGGAGGAGAGAAGCAUGUGGGAGGAGGACAGAAGCAUGUGGGAGGAGGACAGAAGCAUGUGGGAGGAGGAGAGAAGCAUGUGGGAGGAGGAGAGAAGCAUGUGGGAGGAGGACAGAAGCAUGUGGGAGGAGGACAGAAGCAUGUGGGAGGAGGAGAGAAGCAUGUGGGAGGAGGAGAGAAGCAUGUGGGAGGAGGACAGAAGCAUGUGGGAGGAGGACAGAAGCAUGUGGGAGGAGGAGAGAAGCAUGUGGGAGGAGGACAGAAGCAUGUGGGAGGAGGACAGAAGCAUGUGGGAGGAGGACAGAAGCAUGUGGGAGGAGGAGAGAAGCAUGUGGGAGGAGGAUAGAAGCAUGUGGGAGGAGGAUAGAAGCAUGUGGGAGGAGGAUAGAAGCAUGUGGGAGGAGGAUAGAAGCAUGUGGGAGGAGGAUAGAAGCAUGUGGGAGGAGGAUAGAAGCAUGUGGGAGGAGGAUAGAAGCAUGUGGGAGGAGGACAGAAGCAUGUGGGAGGAGGACAGAAGCAUGUGGGAGGAGGAGAGAAGCAUGUGGGAGGAGGACAGAAGCAUGUGGGAGGAGGAUAGAAGCAUAAGCAUGUGGGAGGAGGACAGAAGCAUGUGGGAGGAGGACAGAAGCAUGUGGGAGGAGGACAGAAGCAUGUGGGAGGAGGACAGAAGCAUGUGGGAGGAGGACAGAAGCAUGUGGGAGGAGGACAGAAGCAUGUGGGAGGAGGACAGAAGCAUGUGGGAGGAGGACAGAAGCAUGUGGGAGGAGGACAGAAGCAUGUGGGAGGAGGACAGAAGCAUGUGGGAGGAGGACAGAAGCAUGUGGGAGGAGGACAGAAGCAUGUGGGAGGAGGACAGAAGCAUGUGGGAGGAGGACAGAAGCAUGUGGGAGGAGGACAGAAGCAUGUGGGAGGAGGACAGAAGCAUGUGGGAGGAGGACAGAAGCAUGUGGGAGGAGGACAGAAGCAUGUGGGAGGAGGACAGAAGCAUGUGGGAGGAGGACAGAAGCAUGUGGGAGGAGGACAGAAGCAUGUGGGAGGAGGACAGAAGCAUGUGGGAGGAGGACAGAAGCAUGUGGGAGGAGGACAGAAGCAUGUGGGAGGAGGACAGAAGCAUGUGGGAGGAGGACAGAAGCAUGUGGGAGGAGGACAGAAGCAUGUGGGAGGAGGACAGAAGCAUGUGGGAGGAGGACAGAAGCAUGUGGGAGGAGGACAGAAGCAUGUGGGAGGAGGACAGAAGCAUGUGGGAGGAGGACAGAAGCAUGUGGGAGGAGGACAGAAGCAUGUGGGAGGAGGACAGAAGCAUGUGGGAGGAGGACAGAAGCAUGUGGGAGGAGGACAGAAGCAUGUGGGAGGAGGACAGAAGCAUGUGGGAGGAGGACAGAAGCAUGUGGGAGGAGGACAGAAGCAUGUGGGAGGAGGACAGAAGCAUGUGGGAGGAGGACAGAAGCAUGUGGGAGGAGGAGAGAAGCAUGUGGGAGGAGGACAGAAGCAUGUGGGAGGAGGACAGAAGCAUGUGGGAGGAGGACAGAAGCAUGUGGGAGGAGGAGAGAAGCAUGUGGGAGGAGGAGAGAAGCAUGUGGGAGGAGGACAGAAGCAUGUGGGAGGAGGACAGAAGCAUGUGGGAGGAGGAGAGAAGCAUGUGGGAGGAGGAGAGAAGCAUGUGGGAGGAGGAGAGAAGCAUGUGGGAGGAGGAUAGAAGCAUGUGGGAGGAGGACAGAAGCAUGUGGGAGGAGGACAGAAGCAUGUGGGAGGAGGACAGAAGCAUGUGGGAGGAGGACAGAAGCAUGUGGGAGGAGGAUAGAAGCAUGUGGGAGGAGGACAGAAGCAUGUGGGAGGAGGAUAGAAGCAUGUGGGAGGAGGACAGAAGCAUGUGGGAGGAGGAUAGAAGCAUGUGGGAGGAGGAUAGAAGCAUGUGGGAGGAGGACAGAAGCAUGUGGGAGGAGGAUAGAAGCAUGUGGGAGGAGGAUAGAAGCAUGUGGGAGGAGGAUAGAAGCAUGUGGGAGGAGGACAGAAGCAUGUGGGAGGAGGACAGAAGCAUGUGGGAGGAGGACAGAAGCAUGUGGGAGGAGGACAGAAGCAUGUGGGAGGAGGACAGAAGCAUGUGGGAGGAGGACAGAAGCAUGUGGGAGGAGGACAGAAGCAUGUGGGAGGAGGAGAGAAGCAUGUGGGAGGAGGAGAGAAGCAUGUGGGAGGAGGAGAGAAGCAUGUGGGAGGAGGACAGAAGCAUGUGGGAGGAGGACAGAAGCAUGUGGGAGGAGGACAGAAGCAUGUGGGAGGAGGACAGAAGCAUGUGGGAGGAGGAUAGAAGCAUGUGGGAGGAGGACAGAAGCAUGUGGGAGGAGGACAGAAGCAUGUGGGAGGAGGACAGAAGCAUGUGGGAGGAGGAGAGAAGCAUGUGGGAGGAGGACAGAAGCAUGUGGGAGGAGGACAGAAGCAUGUGGGAGGAGGACAGAAGCAUGUGGGAGGAGGAUAGAAGCAUGUGGGAGGAGGACAGAAGCAUGUGGAAGGAGGAUAGAAGCAUGUGGGAGGAGGAUAGAAGCAUGUGGGAGGAGGAUAGAAGCAUGUGGGAGGAGGAUAGAAGCAUGUGGGAGGAGGAUAGAAGCAUGUGGGAGGAGGAUAGAAGCAUGUGGGAGGAGGAUAGAAGCAUGUGGGAGGAGGAUAGAAGCAUGUGGGAGGAGGAUAGAAGCAUGUGGGAGGAGGAUAGAAGCAUGUGGGAGGAGGAUAGAAGCAUGUGGGAGGAGGAUAGAAGCAUGUGGGAGGAGGAUAGAAGCAUGUGGGAGGAGGAUAGAAGCAUGUGGGAGGAGGAUAGAAGCAUGUGGGAGGAGGAUAGAAGCAUGUGGGAGGAGGAUAGAAGCAUGUGGGAGGAGGAUAGAAGCAUGUGGGAGGAGGAUAGAAGCAUGUGGGACGAGGAUAGAAGCAUGUGGGAGGAGGAUAGAAGCAUGUGGGAGGAGGAUAGAAGCAUGUGGGAGGAGGAUAGAAGCAUGUGGGAGGAGGAUAGAAGCAUGUGGGAGGAGGAUAGAAGCAUGUGGGAGGAGGAUAGAAGCAUGUGGGAGGAGGGAGGAUAG